AUGAACAGCGACUGGACCAAUAAGGAUGACAUGGCCCAAACCCGUGCUAGAUCGGAGACGUGGCAGCUUCGAGGCAUGACGGCUUCGACAGAGAGAUUCCAGAAAUCGGCCAUAGUUGAGUAUGACGACUAUCAAUCCACGCAGCCAGCGGUUCGAAAUAAUCGCCUUGGCGCUCAAUUCCGUUUCUUCUUGUUUUCCGUGCGGUUGUGGCUCUGCUGGCGCUCAGUUCAGUAUUGGCAGAUGGCUAGUGCUGGCGACGGGAUUCCAACCUUCAAACUUGUCUUAGUAGGCGAUGGUGGAACAGGAAAGACUACGUUUGUAAAACGCCAUCUAACUGGAGAAUUCGAGAAGAAAUAUGUUGCUACACUUGGAGUCGAAGUUCACCCUCUAAUUUUCCAUACUAACCGAGGGCAAAUCCGUUUCAAUGUGUGGGAUACUGCUGGACAAGAGAAGUUCGGUGGAUUGCGUGAUGGGUACUAUAUUCAAGGACAGUGUGCCAUCAUUAUGUUUGAUGUCACCGCCCGUGUCACCUAUAAGAAUGUACCUAACUGGCAUCGAGAUUUGGUUCGAGUCUGUGAAAAUAUACCUAUAGUCUUAUGCGGAAAUAAGGUUGAUGUGAAAGAUCGAAAAGUGAAGGCAAAGACAAUCACGUUCCAUCGCAAGAAGAAUCUGCAGUACUAUGAUAUUUCGGCUAAAUCUAACUACAACUUCGAAAAACCAUUCCUGUGGUUGGCUCGUAAACUUCUGGGUGAUCCUAAUCUCGAGUUUGUUGCCAUGCCAGCUCUUGCACCACCAGAGGUACAAAUGGAUCCAACUAUGGUUGCUCAGUACGAGGAAGACUUGAAAAACGCUGCAGAUGCCGAUUUGCCCGAUGAUGACGACGAUCUCUAGGCCACACGUGUGUAGAAUUUGCUCUAAUCGAUAUUCGAUUCUUUCGAUUGUUCGGGCCCUCGAACCGGUGGCCACGUCAAUGUUCACUAUUUUGUUGAGAUCGCAGUUUGUUACAUUGUUCUUCUAUUCCCACGUGUAUUUCUUUAUUCAUUUUGUGCAACUUCUGAAA